GUAGAUGCAACAAACAACGUCUCGGCCGGACACCGUCGCGUAUCGAUGUUAACUUGUUUCUUUGCCGUGUUCCUCGUAAUCUGAGCGCGUUGCGCAGAAGGGAGUGCUACCAAACAACAUGCCAUUAUUGCUGUCACCCUUGCUAAGGCCAGCGUUGUGUCGGCCAGGCGCUCUAAAGCCCAUCCGAUUGUUCCCCAACAGUUCCAACUGUCCGCGCAUAAGUCUGCAUCAUAGAAACGCUCAACAAGGUCGUCCAGGGUCAUUAGCAUCUCUCAGAGCCACGGCGCGCGACGCGCUGUCGGAGCUGGGGCUGUCUGCGGAGCAGCAUGCGGCCGUGGAGGAGGUGGUGCGGGCCACCUCCGCUGACUCGGACCUGGUCCAAUCGGUGUCCACACUGGUCUUCUACGCAGGCUCCGUGUCCGCGGCGCGGGCUCUGGUGGUGCGCCACCCCUCGCUGCUGUGCUGCCAGCUGCCCAGCUGGACCGAGUUCCUCACAGCCUUCGGGCUCAACAAGGCCCAGGUGCAGCACGUGCUGUGCCAGACCCCGGAGGCGCUGCUGCAGGGAGACCUGGUCAAGGCGGGGGAGUCCAUACUGGCCUUCAGGCGGCUGGGCAUGGACGAGCGCGCGGCGUCGCAGUUGGUGACCUACUACCCGCAGCUGCUGGGCAAGAGCGAUGAGGACAUCCGCGCCACCGUCAACCUGCUGGGCCGCUUCCAGCAAGGCGUGGAGUCGUCCAGCUGCUGACGCGGAAGCUGGCGGCGGGUUGUCGCAAGUGCCGACGUGAGGUUGGGCAGUUGGAGGCGCAGUCAGGAACCCCUGGGCGCAGUGGGGGUGCGUGUGCUGGAGCGUGUGGCUUGAGGCGCUGGGUUGGCGGCAGCGCCGGGGGCCCGAGGCCUGGGAUCCGAGGCAUUGUGCCUCAAUCGUGGCGUUGGUGGCAGUGACGCGGUGUUGAGGCGCCUAAGCGCCUUGCUGGAGCUGUGGCAAGAGGCUGGUGCACGAUACAGUGCCCUCCACGGGUAUCAGGGCCAUCCCUGGCUCUCGCCAACGCGGCGUCCCCACACGCCGAAGCCAUGUGUUAAGUUUGCGUCUAGGACGGACGCACUUGCCUGAGUUCUUUCUGGCUGCCCAGCAUGGGCCCGGCUGAAGGUGUACCUUCGUGCGUGUUGGCAAGCGCUAAUUUAGCGCAACCGUGAACCAGCUUAACGGUAUUCCGUAUUUGAGAGGAGCUGCACUGCUCACAAGUAGCUUCCGGUAUGCAGCACUGAUGGGAGG